GCUCUUGGUUGGUGGGUUUUUUUGCUUUUGUGCCAAAUUUGUGAGUUUAAAAAAAAAAAAAAAAUGGCAUCCGGGAGCUGCCAUUCUUCUUCAACUCCUAAGGUAGAGAGAAGGGUUAUCGAGAAGAACAGGAGGAAUCACAUGAAAUCUCUCUACGCUAACCUCUACUCUCUCCUCCCCAGCCAUGCCUCCAAGGAGGCAGUUCCACUACCUGAUCAAAUAGAUGAAGCUGUGAAGUACAUAGAAAGUUUGGAAAUGAAACUGAAAAAAUCCAAGGAGAAGAAGGAAACUUUAUCAAGUAGGAAAAGAUCACAUUCCUGCACGAGCGAAUUCAAAUCGCCUCAGCUCGAGAUCCACGAAAUGGGUUCUACACUGGAUGUAGUUCUCAUAACUGGGGAAGAUGAUAAGUUCAUAUUUCAUGAGAUUAUUCGACUAAUUCAUGAAGAAGGUGCUGAGGUUUUGAAUGCCAAUUUCUCUGUGUUUGGGAACUCAAUUUUCCAUGCAAUACAUGCAAAGGCGGGGGAAUUUGAGAAGAAUGUUGUUGCACCGCGGGUCUCCAGCAGGCUGAAAGAGUUUGUUCAUGGAUCCAUGAGCGACGUGGAAUCAGUACUGCCAGCAGAAUCAUGGGAAUUCGACAUAGAACCUGAUGCGUGGGAGUUAAAAGUUCCACAAGUAUUGCCUAUGCGAUUAUAUUAACCCCAGCUAUAUUAGACUUAGCAAUCGUACGUAGUAAUUUCCAAAGGUAAUGGAGGUGCCUUAUCUUGUGUCGAUGUUCUUGAUUCAAUAACGUAAGCACCAGCACCACCCUUUCAAAUGUUUCUUUUCUGAUGUUGUCGUCUCGUGUAGGUAGCCGUUGAAAUGCAAGAGUUAUGUGAAAAAUCAAAUGAUCUUGACCUUGCUUGUAUAUUGUCAAGAGCAGUGAUAUAAACAGAAAUGGCCUUAAGAGGGUUCUGCAUUGUGUUUGGCAUUUA